AUGGCGGCGGCUCCGAUCAUCGAAGCCAUGCCGGUAUUAGACCCGCCGAAACCUACUAAAACAGUGUCAUGGCUAUCUAGGGAGGUUGAUUUCGACCCCAAUGCUCUCAAAUCAAAGUACCUGGCGGAACGAGAUAAGCGUCUGGACAAUGGCGGCUUCAACCAGUAUCGACCAGUCGAAGGAUCACUUCUGGACUACGUCGAGGAUCCUUACGUCGAACCGGGCUUCACUCGCGAUCCCGUUGACCUGGACUGCGACGUUGUGAUCAUCGGCGGAGGCUACGGAGGCCAAUUAGUCGCGGUGCGGCUAAUCGAGCAGGGCAUAAACAACUUUCGCAUCAUCGAGAAAGGCGGCGAUUUCGGAGGCACGUGGUACUGGAACAGAUAUCCUGGUGCCCAGUGCGACGUGGAAUCUUACAUCUACAUGCCACUUCUGGAAGAGACCAACUACGUGCCAACAGAGAAAUAUGCACAUUCGCCAGAGUUGCUGGCUCACUCGCAAAGAAUCGGAAAGCAAUAUGACCUCUAUUCUAGGACUCUCUUUCAGACCGAGGUGCUCGCCUUGCGGUGGAGUGCGUCUAACUCCUCCUGGUCUGUGGAGACGACAAGGCAAGACAGCAUUCGAGCACGGUUCGUCAUUCCUGUCGCCGGUCCGCUCCAUAGACCCAAGCUUCCUGGAUUGGCUGGCAUCGAGUCAUUUCAAGGCCAUUCAUUUCACUCGAGUCGUUGGGAUUACGAAUAUACCGGAGGAAAUGAGAACGGCGGGCUCACCAAGCUCGUGGAUAAGCGGAUUGGUAUUAUCGGCACGGGCGCUACUGCGGUUCAACUAGUUCCGCAACUCGGGGCGUGGGCCAAGGAGCUCUACGUGUUCCAGCGGACACCGUCUUCGAUUGAUGUUCGAGGAAACAAACCGACCGACAAGGACUGGGCGAAGACGCUACACAAGGGUUGGCAACAGGAACGCAUGGAUAACUUUACCAUCAUCCUUAGCGGUGGGUAUCAGGAGAAAGACCUGGUCGCCGACGCAUGGACCGAGUCUCUAGGAAAUCUCCGUCCAAACCCGACAAAGAUGAAGGCCAUGUCUCCCGAGGCAUACGCCGCGGAGCUCCAACUGGCCGAUUUCAAGAAGAUGGAAUCGCUACGUGCGCGGGUAGACGCCAUCGUCAAGGACAAAAAGACGGCCGAGAGCCUGAAGCCGUGGUAUAACCAUUUUUGCAAACGACCCUGUUGCCACGACGAGUAUCUACAGACGUUUAAUCGGCCGAAUGUCCACCUCGUUGACACCCAAGGCAAAGGGGUGGAAGCGAUCACUUCGAAAGGCGUCGUGGCAAACGGGAAAGAGUAUGAAUUAGACUGCAUUGUCUACGCCACGGGCUUCGAGGUGACGACCGACUUUUCGCAACGCGCCGGGAUGGAGAUAUACGGGCGCGACAAUCGGACAUUGGCCGAGAAGUGGCGACAAGGCCCCCUGACCUACCACGGCUGGACCACCAACGGGUUUCCCAAUUGCUUCCUCGUUGGCAAUCUCCAAUCCGCUCUGUCGGUGAACUUUAUCCACCUCACCAACGAACAGGCCCGACAUCUCGCCUACGUCGUGUCCGAGUGCAAGAGACGCGGGAUCGCCACGAUCGAAGCGACGGCCGCUGCCGAGGCCCAAUGGGUCGACACCAUCGUCGAGACCACCAAGAUGAGAUUCAACCUCCUGCGCGACUGCACCCCAGGCUAUUACAACAAUGAAGGCGACUUUUCGCUGCGUGCCCAACGUAACGCACCGUACGGAGGGGGUGUGCUGGCUUUUGUUGACAUUUUGAACAAGUGGCGGCGAGACAAUGAAUUCGAGGGUCUCGAAGUCACGCGGUUUGGGGAAUGA